CACCACCUGGGCAUCCUCAGGGCCCCAUCCUCUCCCCCGCAUUCUCCCAUCCUUCGUCGCGACGCACGCCGGUCUACGCGGUGCUUCCUUUCUCUUUUAUAUCCGCCGCCUGUACACGACUGCUAGCAGUCCGGACCGCUGAUCCAAUCCAUCUCCACCACUCCCUGUUUCACAAAGCCAUCAGGAAGCUCUAGUUGGAGCUCGACGCCGACGUACUCGGACUCGACACUUUCUAUGACAACAUUGACAUUGGCCGCAAUUCACAAUCGCAUGACGCCCACCAUCUCCGGAUGCGGCUACCCCCGUGUUGGUACGGCCAGUCUGUAACGUGGCAGCCCAAGUUUGCUCCGCAUCCGCAGCAUGGACGGGACCGCCAGAUCUCGUGGUUUGAACGGCAUGGCCGGAGCAGGCAAUGGAGGUCGCAACGCCGAUAACCGUCGCCCUCCGCUUUCUGGUGCGGCCUCAGUAUCCAGCGCCAACACGGCUUCCUCCAUGUCCCGUGCUGAGCGAUUUGACGACGAGCGGCGCCGAAUCACGGAAAGCUGUUUCUCGAGGCUAGAUGAGAAGGGCAACCUCAUUGAGUCUUAUAUCACCCACAUCCGCGUACAAGAAGAUGCCACCUCUCCCCAGGCCCCUUCCCCUCCUGGCGGGAACCCGGCCAACAAAAAGGCGCGAGUAAUCAUCAUCUCAGUGCGGCACACUGGCCGAGUCCGCAUCCAUAAAGCCCGGGAAAAUGCAAACGCAACUUUCUCGAUUGGAAAGACUUGGAAUAUGGAGGAACUAUCGGCUGUGGAGAACUUUGUGCAUAUGAGACCGUCCAACGAGGAAGAGGCCCAACGCAAACGGUGGGCGGGAGAUGUUGGCUUUACCGUCACCAUCCAGAAGCCUUACUACUGGGAAGCUGCCACCGCCAAGGAGAAGGAAUUCUUCAUCUCGAGCAUCGUAAAAAUAUACCACAAGUACACCCAGGGCGACUUUCCUGUCCUGACAGGCUUCAGCUCGAGCGAGUUGGAUGCACUUACCGGUGGCCGCCCACAUCUGGCUACCGCUGAAGCACGCGCGGCCCGCAGAGGUGGUGUGGCACCGACUCCACGUACAAACGAAUCCCCAAACCCACCUCCACUCCGAUCGCCAGGAAUGUCAAGCCUUCAGUCGACACCCCCGCUUGGAGAGGAUCGAGAAAGAAGGCCGCCACCACUGCGCGAUGAUAGACGCCCGCCUCCUUUUUCAGGCGAAAGCAGACCGCCUCCUUUAUCUGGCGAUAGGCGGCCGCCCCCCUUGUCCGAUGAUAGGAGACCGCCCAAUCUGUCUGACGAAAGGAGACCCUCCCCUCAGCUGGAUGAUAGAAGGCCUCCUCCACGUCGCCCACCGACUGCAGAGGGGGAGACGCGGGAUAGACGGCCGCCGCCUCUACGUGGGCCCCUUGCUCAAAUGCGGUCGCGCGACGAACUAUCGGGUCCUGGUACUCCACCCUUGAUGCCCUAUGGCCAAGGCUCUGACGGACAGCGGCGACCGAUACCAAGGCCUUCAAUGGAACAGGGAUUGCGGUCGUCGCCUGGUCAGGAGCAGAUGAAUAUGCGCGCCCCUCCAAGUCGGGAGCAAAUGAAUAUCCGGUCACCCCCGAGCAGAGAUGCAAUGCGACCAUCUCCGGCAGCAGUACCCGCCGCCAGUCCUCUACCCCAACACCUCACACCGGACACGUCCCGAUUAGAUGCUGCUGCGAGACCGACCACUCCGGAUGCGGCUAGUGUACGCUCCGUCUCGACUGGUUUCAGUCCGAAUAAACGCACACAGACGGAUGACGCGCGCUCAGUGACGUCUCACCGGUCCCAGAAGUCUCUGGAUCAGUACCCAGACGGCCCCCCACCUGGAAUAUUCGUUGGAGAGGAAGCCCCACCCAAUCCCUUACCUUCUUCGAAUCGUGUAAGAGACCUUUCUCCAAGGGGUCUCCGCCCUGGCACCGCACAAAGCAACGCUAGCUCUGCGUUCGGUCGAAACGAUGAGCUUUCGCUGGAACAGCCUGUUCCACGAAGUGGCCUACCUGAGAGAAAGAGGCCGCCGAUGACCACAGUCAGUUCACAACGCUCGCAACCGGCCGUAGGGAGCGAAUCACGCACAGAGUUUCAUACGCCUGUUCAGUCACCCGAACCACCUGCGAUUCUUCAGGCCGGCAGGAGGCCUUCUGGCGAUACAAUCAAGUCUAGGAUUGCUCCAACCUUGAAUGAGCCUGAAGUUAGCGAACUUCACUCCGCCCCCAAGCCGCCUCCUACCUCACCUUUGCCUCAGAUACCCACACCAACCGAGCCUAGCCGCUCAGUUGAUCCAACUCAGGAGGAACAGCCUGAGUCGUCAGAGCCGCGAGCACCUUCGCCUACAAAACCUUCUUCUCCCGUCAAAGAAGAAGAGGAAGAAACUCAGCACCGGCCGGGUUUGGGUCCAAUGGUCAAGAAGAAAACCAAGGCUGAUACUGCCAAUGCAUUUCGCAAGGCGGCGUUUGCGGCUGGUGCAUUCAAACCUCGUGCAGGUGGUGCAGCAGCAAAACUAUUCGCGAAAGAGACGAAGUCGUCGGACGAACCUGACGGCAUAACAGGUGUAUUCGUACCACAGCGGCCUGCGCCGAAGGAGGAGGCCGAGAAGAAGGUCGAAGAAGACAAAAAGCCGGAACCUGAUCGAGCUUCCAAAGAUCGCCCGACCGUCGAUACUGAUGUUGUACCAUCAGUGACUGUGUCCAGCCCCUUAUCCCCCACUCCCGUAGCUGUUACUUCUGAGGCGGCGCCAACCGCGCAGUCUUCAAGUCCGGAAAAGCCGGUUACAAAGUCCGCGCCGGAGGCCGAAGUGCGUCGCAAACGGCGUAGAUCCAAUCAACAAAUCAUGAACAUAUCGAAACUUGGCAUUGAUCCCAGUCUCCUGGAUGAUCGGGGCCUGGAGUUUGAGAACAUGCUGUCUCAAUUCGGAUGGUGGGGAAGCGACCUCUCGGUCAAAAGUAUCGACGCCUUGGAACACGAUAUCAAGCAGGAAAUUGCUCGGGUAGAAGCAGGAAGCUGGUUGAACCACUUGGACCAGAAAGACGAUCGCGUGGAAGCUGUCGAAAAGAUGCUGGAUCGGGCAAUUGCCGAGUGCGACGAGCUUGAGGGUCUUCUGACGCUGUAUAGCGUCGAGCUCAGCAGUCUAAAUGACGAUAUUGCCUUCAUUGAAGCUCAAGGCCAAGGAUUACAAGUGCAGACAGCCAAUCAAAGGCUGUUGCAGAGCGAGUUACAGCAAUUAGUUGAGACUAUCUCCAUCACGGCUGACCAGCUCGAGCCUUUGAGACAGGAGCGCAUUGGAAAGAUCUCCGGCCUGGAAGCCAUUGAAUCCGCGCUCGUAUUGCUUUACAAGGCGCUGAUGACUAUAGAUCCUGCCAUAAUCGAAAGCCGCAGGGCCGCAAAUGGUACAACCGGCAAGUUGGGAAGCAUGUCGUCGGGAGUCGGCAAUAGUGAGUUGGCAUCCAUGCACGCUCUGCAAGAGAAGAAAGAUCGCUACCUGCAAGAGAGCGCCAUGUUCCUGGACCGCCUGAAGCAGCACAUGACGAUUACGUUUGGUGCUGCCUUUCUGCAGACCAAGGAUAUCCUCGCCAAUGCUGACCGAAACGGAAUGCCCACAACGAGGCCGAAUGUCGACGCACAUGAUGCCGGACGUAGCACUUUGUGGAUGUUCAGUCCACUUAUCCUCUUUACGAAGGAAAUAGAUCCGGAAUGCUGGAAUGAAAUUCUGCGUAUGUAUCAAGCUCAAGCUGCUCAGGUUUAUCAGGAAGAGAUUCGCGAUAACAUCAUGGCUUGGAAACAACAAGCUCGCAAGCCAACUGGGGAAGAGCAAGACCUGCUAUUCACGGCACAGGAAAAGGAGGCUGAGACCAUUGCCGGUGCCGCCAGGAAAUUGACAGUGAAACGUAGUCAAACUUUGGCGCGUGGUCUACGCGCUGCUUCCGGGGAGAAGGAAAGCAAAGGGCCUAAGCCGCAACAAGGAAGGCUACAUGCGUUUGACGUGUUCAGCAAGGCGCUUGACGACAGCACACCUCUUCUUCUGACGGAGCAGAACUUCAUCACGGAUUUUUUCCAUGCAACCUCGACCGAUGCAGUCGAUUUCCCGGAUGCUGUCCGAGUCGCACCACCUGAAAACCGUCGAGGGAAAAAUCUUUGGAUUCGACGACCAUUCGAAGCUGAUAGGACCAUGGCAAAGCGAGUUGCAGAAGUCAUGGAAGAGAUUUUCUCGGUCUGGCCUACCGAGAUUCAGAAUUUGGUGGAAUGGGCCGUCAAGGCCGAUCCCCUACAAGGAGUAGGCAUCUUAUGCGCCGUGGACCGCAAGUUGCUCGAGAUUGAUGAUUCGAAUCAGGACUUCCAGAUGAAAACCCUGCAAAAGAUCCAUGAGCGUCUCACCGGCCUAUUCAUUCGUUUCGUCGACGAGCAGAUACGCGCCAUUGAGGACACCAAAGUGAAGAUCAAGAAGCGAAAGGGCGUCAUCAAAUUCAUGCAUACCUUCCCCCAUUUCUCAAUAGCCAUUGAGAACAUGCUACCUUCGGCAGACGAGGGCGAGCAAUUGGAGAUCCGAAAGAUGGUGGACGAUGCGUACGACAAGAUCAACAAGGCCAUGUUCGAGAGUCUCAAGGUCAUUGCGAAGGAGUCGCCUGCCGUCAUGGCUACCCAGGGACAAGGCGACCCUGAGGAUAAGGAGGCGUUGAACUACCACAUCCUACUGAUCGAGAACAUGAACCACUAUAUGGAGGAAGUGGAUGCUAGGUCCGAUCCAGUUCUCCUGAAAUGGAAGGCGGAAGCAGAGCGCGAAAUGGCGGAGCACAUGGGCCUCUACGUCGAUGCCGUCAUCCGGAGGCCAUUGGGCAAGCUCUUGGAAUUCGUCGAAUCCACCGAGAACCUGAUGACCCAGCCCGGCGCCUCGGCCCAGGCGAUAGCAGCCCGCUCCUCGCACUCGCGCCACGUCUUCAAGAAACUGCUGCACUCCAACGACGCCAAGGAGCUCCGCAAGGGCAUCGAGGCGCUCAAGAAGCGCGUCGACAAGCACUUUGGCGACGCGGAUGAUGCGAGCAUCGCGCGGAAUCUCGUCACCAAGGUGUAUGGGGAGUGCGAGGCUAGGUAUGUGGAUGUGUAUGAUCGGACGGUUCGGAUCGGGCAGGACGUGUAUACGGGAGAGUUUGAGUUGGAUUGGGGGGUUGGUGAGAUUAAGGCGGCGUUUCGGAGGUAGGGUAUUAUCGUAAGUUGAGUGGGCUUGUGAGCUCGUAUACCGCGAGUGUGGCGGGUUUGGAAGGGCACGGCGCCUUUCAUGUUUGCGUGGGUCUCGUUAUUUGGAUCCUAGAUACCUUCGCCUCGUCCUAGUUUUUUGGCUGUCCGGUCCGCCGUUUUUGGCAGAGAGAAGGACGGGUGUUCUACUGCUGUUUGUUGUGGCGUUCAGGGUAGUGGGACGGGGGAAUGUCUGCCGCAUAUGACAGGCAGAGUGGUGUGAAAUACAUGGUUUAUGCGGUGUGAAACGCUGUUGUCUGUUCUCCAGGGAAUUUGGCUUCAAAAUGUCUCACUGCGCCUUUAUCGCUGCAUCGAACAGCCAAGGAGAACUUUCAUGUGCAUACUGCUAUAGG